GUCAUCAUGAGUAUAUUAGCUGAUAUUACCUCUAUGGGAAAGAUUAUAAAACUUCUGUGUGCCUUAACGUGUAACAAACGGACAAACAUUAACAGAUAAAGUGAUGGAUAGUUUAUGAGAGAUCCCGAUCGUUUUUAAUCGUGCUAGCCAGCGAGGCUUCCCAGCUAGCUUUCGCAUUUUGAACGUUAGCCACAUUAAUGCUAAUUUUAGCUCUCAGCAUAACGUCAGUUGUGAUAUUGAAUAGCUGCAACUAGAGAACAAGUAAAGAAGUGUUUUGUCAGGCUGCUAGUCAAGGAAUGGGUCAAAAUGUCAGAGCUAACAACACUAGAGAGCCUGCUGGAGAUGGGCUUUGAGAGAAACAGAGCGGAAAAGGCGGUGGCCAACACGGGAAACCAGGGGAUAGAACAAGCCAUGGACUGGUUAAUGGAGCAUGAGAACGACCCUGACAUUGAUGAGCCCUUUGUGCCGCCUGUGGGAAACGUCCUGGGAGGAGAAGUAGACAGCCAGUCCAGCACGGAACAGCCGACACUAGCCGACACCGCUGAAGAGACAGCAGGUGGAGACUAUGAGAAUGAUGAGGAUUCAAAGCAGCCAAUGACAGAGGAGGAGAAACGUGAGCAAGUGAAGAGGCUAGAGGAACUGAUGCGGGUGAAGCAGGCAGAGAGAAGAGAGCGAGAACGGGCAGAAGAGGUGGAGAGGGAGAAGCAGCGGAGGAGGCAGGGCCAAGAGCUGCAGCAGAUCCGCCAAAAGCUACAGGAUGAUGAUAUGAAGAAGCUAGCUGAGCAGCGCAGGAGAGAAAAGAUGGAGGACAAACUGGCAAGGCAAAGGGUUAAAGAGAAGAUAGCACGUGACAGAGAGGAGAGAGCGCAAAAGUUUGGAGGCGGAGGAACACCGAGCACGGCUGCAACAUCCCAGCUUGCCCAGCCCAGUCCCUCAUCACCCACCAGUCAGGGUCCUCCACCUACUAAGAAGGAGUAUGAUGAGUCCAGGAUACAGGUUCGCAUGUUGGAUGGCUCGACCAUCACGACAGUCUUCAAGGCCCAGGAGCCGCUGGCGGCAGUGCGCGUCUACGUGCAGAUGAACGGCAACACACCUGAGGGUCAGGACUUCACGCUGCUGUCGCCCUACCCCCGUCACGUCUACACCGAACUGGACAUGGAGAAGCCCCUGAAAGAGCUGGGUUUGGUGCCUUCAGCUGUGCUGGUUGUUACCAAGAAGUGAGAUCAGGAGGAUCUGCUCUGUGAGCCUACCUCACCACUUCCACUACAUCACCACCAGAGACAACAGAAACAGACUGAUCCAGGAACAGAGCGGCCACCUUUUUAGUAUCAUUCAAUAAGCCAGCUAACUGAACUAAAGUAGAGAUGGAGCUGAAUGCUGUGUUCAGAUGUGUAAAAGCUCUUAAAAUUAAGAUCUGGAUAAGUUAUGAGGAAAAAUGUUUUUUUGUUUUCAAGACUAACUGAAUGCAGCCCCUUGUCUUUCUGGGCUGAUUUCACUGGUGUGUGCAAUGAGCUUGACAGUCACUUUUACCGACCAAGAACAAAGUGAAGAUAGCUGGCUUCUGACUGAUAAUACUCCAAGGAGCACUGCUCAUGGUUCCAGCAACACAAUUAACCUGAUCCUUACACAGCAAAGCACCACACAAGACCUACUCGAUUAGUUCUGAAAGGGCCUUAAAUUUAAUCCCUGCAAUCUUCCUGAUUUUGUGACAUUCUACUUUGCCAGUUUUUUUUAUAAGUUAAAAUAUAUUGACAUAAAUAUAUUAUGUCUACAUAAUCACCAAGAAUCUACUUACAAUAAAGCCGACUUGGAGAAUUACGAUGUUCGACUGAAUUUUCUAAAAAAAAUCACUUACGUAACCCUCCCUAAAAUAAGAUGAUAAGGUUAUAAUAAGGUGAUAUUCUCUACUUUCAGUUAUGUCCCAAAAAAAUCAUUAAAUUCAUGUAGACUCAUUAGAUUUGGCCAAAUUGAGAGAUUUGAUCUCAAAGGGGAGCUUGUUGAAGACUGACAGAACAUUAAACUGAAAUCCUGUCAUAAUUGACUUCUCUACCACACACUUCCUCGGUACUGCCCACUGGGUUUUAAAACCUCUAGUGAGCUGAAACUCUAUGACAUACAAAAUAGGACAUGCAAAAGCACAGGUGCAAAUAAUUCAAAAAAUCAGUGUUGGCUGAAUUCCAUUCAGCUGCUCCAGUUUCAGGGUCCUGGUGUUAUUCAUGCUGGCUCACUGUCAUGAUUUACUGGGACACUUGGAUAGAACUGAGCCAUUGUUAAUGUUGUUAGAAACAUCUGUGCUUUUCCUACCAUACUCUGCUGUGAAAAAGAAAAGAACUAGUGGAUUCUAGAGCCAGUAGCUUUCAGAGGCUGUAGUGUUAACCUUUAACCUGCAAUAACUGCAUUUUUUCGGCCAGUUGGGAGCAGCGGAAACCAGUUGUGAACACAACAUUGACAUUAUACUUUUUUAGAUGAUAUGACUUAAACCUUUUAGCAAACAGUUGCUUAUUUACACAUUUACACACUGGAGUUAAGGAGCAACAUUAUCAUUCGUUUGGAGUCGUGUUUAUGUCCAUCAGAUGAAUUUAAUUCCAAUAUUCACUCUUUUAGCUCUGUUUUUGGUCUCUACCAACUCCUGAGGGAAAUGGAUGGCUCUUUGGCUGCUAAAUGCUCCACUAUGUUCACCAGCUUGUUGCUAAUGGGUCUGUCUGCUGUUUGUUGCUGAGCAGUGGGAUUUCAGAGCUUUUUCACAGAAAAUAGUUGCCUGCUGUAGCCAAAAACAACGCUACAAGGGUCGGACAGCCAAACAAGGAGCUGAAGCUCAAUAUAGAGUUUUGUAAAGCCAAGGGUAGCUGCAGAUUGAGGUGACUGUUUUCAUGUUGUCAUUUGACUCAUUGUUAUAAAAAUAUCGAUUACAGACAACUUUUAGUCUGCUUAUCAAACUAACGGGGAAACAAAAGACGGAACCUUUACCCUUUUAUUAAAUAUCUUAAAGUUCUGUUGGAUGCUGCCAGCAAGGAGCAAAAGU